UUCUUUUAAACACUUUGCUGGUGGAGCCCUUUAGACGAGUCGUGGCAUUUGAAGGCUCGGUGGGAAUUUCCGAUCUGUCAGCUCCUGGAUCAAGUCUCACUUUGUCUGGAACGGGAGCGAGUGCCUGGGAGGGAACUGCAGAGUGAAAACUGGGAGAAAGUUCAGGGAGAAGGAUCCUGCAUCAGGGAGGGAGUGUGAGGGACUGAGAGAGGAGGGGAUAGAGAGAGGAAGAGGGUGAGAGGUAGAGAGAGCAAGGGACUGAGAGAGAGAGUGAAGGACAGAGAUUGUGAAUGUGUGUGUGUGAGAAAUGAGUGACAGAGUGCGUAACACUGAGGUUCGAGGAACUGCGUGUGAAGGAGAGGCUGAGGAUGCGUGUGAGGGAUGUAGUGAGUGAGAAAGUCCGAGGGAUUGAGGGAGAGGGUGUCAUUCUGAGGGUGUGAGGAGGUGAGGGGAAGAUUUGAGGGUUUGAGGGGGUGAGGAAGUUGGGUGUUUGACUGGUUGUGAGUUUGAGUGUGGUAGAGUUUGAGGGUGUGAGGGUGUAGCUUUGGUGUCUUCUUGGGAGCUUAACCUCCCCUCACCAUGCCGUGCCAGUGCAGGUUACUGGUGAGGAAUGCAGCCCAGUUGGUGCAGGUCAGUGACAGUGGGGCCCAGUUCCUGGGCAAGGCUGAGAUGCAGAGACUGGCCGUGAUCACUGGGGGCAGCAUUGUCGUCAAUAGGGAAGGUGUGAUUGAGGCUGUGGGGCCAAAUGAGCUGAUCCAAUCCGAGUAUAAAGGAGUUACAUUUGACCAAGAAAUCGAUGCUUGUGGGAUGUGUGUGCUGCCAGGUCUGGUCGAUGCUCACACUCAUCCUGUAUGGGCUGGAGACAGAGUUCAUGAGUUUGCAAUGAAGCUGACUGGAGCAUCCUACAUGGAGAUUCACAAAGCUGGAGGAGGAAUACACUUCACUGUUGAACACACGAGGAAGGCAUCAGAGGAAGAACUCUUUGAGAGAUUGAGAGGGCGGCUCCAGCGUAUGGUCCGAGCGGGGACUACGCUGGUGGAGUGCAAGACCGGCUACGGCCUGGACCUGGAAACCGAGACCAAAAUGCUGCGUGUGAUUGAGCGAGCCCGAAGAGAGCUCGAUGUCAGCAUCUCCUCCACGUACUGUGGUGCUCAUUCUGUGCCGAGAGGGAAGACCCUGGAGGAAACAGUGGAUGAUAUCAUCAAAGUUCAACUCCCCAAACUGAAGGAGAUGAUGGCAAACGGUGAAUUUCACAUCGAUAACAUUGAUGUAUUCUGUGAAAAGGGAGUCUUUGACCUGGAUUCCACCAGAGCUAUAUUACAGGCUGGCAAAGAGAUGAGACUCCAGAUUAAUUUUCAUGGUGAUGAGCUGUAUCCGAUGCAUGCAGCAGAGCUUGGUGCUGAACUUGGUGCUCUCGCCAUAAGUCACUUGGAGGAAGUGAGUGAUGCUGGGAUUGCUGCCAUUGCAACUGCAAAAUCAUGCGCUGUGCUCCUCCCGAGCACUGCUUACAUAUUGAGGCUUAAAACACCACGAGCUCGAGACAUGCUUGAUGCUGGAGUGAUUGUUGCUCUUGGUAGUGACUUUAAUCCCAAUGCAUACUGUUUCUCAAUGCCAAUGACCAUGCACCUGGCAUGUGUCAACAUGAGGAUGUCGAUGAACGAGAGCCUGGCAGCUGCCACCAUCAAUGCUGCUUAUGCCCUGGGAAAAUCCCACUCUCACGGCUCCUUGGAGGUAGGGAAGCAAGGAGAUCUCCUCAUCAUUAACGCACCAAGAUGGGAGCACUUGAUUUAUCAGUUUGGAGGUCAUCAGGAUUUAAUCAAGUGUGUCAUCACCAAAGGAAAGAUUGCAUAUGAAAAUAGAAGCUGCCUGGAUUAUUAGCAGUUUUGUUUUUAAAUGAGCAGCUAAAUGAUGUCAAACAAUUCCGCAGGAUCUGCAUCCAGCGUAUGAGCAGCUAAAACAGAUCACCAACUAAUAGCACCUUACCUGGUCUUUCAUUAUUUUGUUUGUUACUUUUUGUUCAUUUUUGGCUUUGAGCUGUGACCGGUGAGCGGAGAACUGAAGGUGGCCUUUACACUGUGAGCAGCAGCUUAUUUUAAAAUAAAAUGGAGAAUGAGCUGGUAUGUAUUUAUGAGGCCAGGCCUAGAGGAUAAUUUAAUUGCAGGUUGAUUCUUGGUCAAAGAACAUUUAAGCCAUUUCAGUUCUAGGGAUACAUUAUGCUCAGAAAGAUGGAAGAUGUUGAAUGUUAACGGGGGCCUCUCAGUGGGGUAACCUGUUAAAGAAAGACAGCCAAAGUUUGAAUUGGUUUUUGAACUGUUUAUGAUAACAAUUGAGGCUAUGCAAGCUGCAGGAUGAAGGUUCGGUUGCUCCCUGGUUAUCCUCCCAUUUUCAUGUUACUGAAAGUUCAGAGAAUGUAAUCUCAGAUAUAAGAAUUGAGUGAAUAUUCCUUAGAGCUUACUGGAUGCUAUUUGCAUGAAUCAGCAUCUUCAGAGGCCAAGAAAGAUACGACCCCAUGUGCCUGUGAGUUUAUAAAUUGUGGAAUCCGCUUAAGUGAAUUGGAUUGUUUCCUUUUGAUUUAUCCCUUAACUUUGUCUAUUAGUCUGUCUAACUUUGUGUGAGAGUGGUGUCUAAAAUCAAAGAAGAUUGGGUUUAUAUCAUUAACAUUAAUUAGAUUAUCUCAUCUAACUUUGCUCUGCUCAAGCUACUGUAUUAUUAAUAAAUUGUUAAGUAUUUUAUUUAUGCUAUAAAAGUGGUGUCUAGUAUUAGUUUAUCACAAUGUUUGGGACCAGUUAUUUAAAAAGUAUGAUUAGUAGCCAUUGGGAUUAAUUUUGAGGGUCACUUGAGUAUAUGAAUUUUACUGAGUUGUAAUUCCAGGGUCGAGUAAGCUGAUUUCUUUUGGCUAUCCAUCUCCAGGUCAAUAGCAAACCUUGUUUCAAGUUUUGGAGUGUCUUUGUAGCAAGUCCUAAAUCAAGGCUACAAUUAAUUUGUAGGAUCUGUGCUCAAAUGUAUCACAGGAAAUAUCUUAAUGAUACGUUAUUAAUUCAAAACUACUCUAUCCUUUCACUGAUAAGCUCUUAAUUCAAUGUAACACUGCAGGAAAUUGUAUUUCAAUAAAC